AUGAUAGAAAUAUCAGUAGUUUUACUUUUUCCACUGCUUUCUCUACUGAUUCUGCUCUCUCUGAAACAAUGGUGGUCCCGAAGACGCUUCCCGCCCGGUCCUCCUUCUCUUCCAAUCCUUGGAAAUGCAUGGGCUUUGCAGAUUAAAAAUAAUGAAGACAUUUUGAAGCAGCUGGCCAAGAAAUAUGGAAAUAUAUACACAUUGUGGUUGGGGAAACAAUGUAUAGUGGUGCUGUCUGGAUUCAAAGCUGUAAAAGAAGGCUUGGUUAGAUAUGGAGAAGAAUUUAGUGAUCGAACUGUAAGUGCUUUCUUUUCAUCUCAAGGAAAAGGAAGAGGUAUUAUAUUUGCAAAUGGUCACAUCUGGAAGAAGCAGCGACAGAUUGGUAAUGCUUCUUUGCGGCUGCUGGGACUAGGGAAUAAAAAGAUUGAGCAUCAGAUUAAAGACGAAGCCCAGCAACUUGUAAAAACCUUUGCACGUACAAAAGGGCAGCCAUUUGAUCCUUCAUUGCCAUUGAUCAAUUCAGUCUCCAAUGUGAUAUGUGCUUUUAGCUUUGGCUACCAGUUUGCACAUGAAGAUAAAACCUUCCUGAAGUUGAUUGAAGACAUAAGGACUGUUGUAAGAAUAACAGGUGGUGUUUUUCAUCUGAUAUAUGAAUCAAUCCCGUGGUUGAUGAAAUAUCUUCCAGGGCCUCACCAGAAGGCUCUGGACUCUACAGAGAUUAUCCUUUCAUUUGCAAGGCAGGAAAUAGAAAGGCACAAACGAUAUCAGUGUCUGCAUGAGCCACAGGAUUUCACUGAUUUCUAUCUACUACAAAUGGAAAAGAGCAAGGAUGAUCCCAACUCUGUCUGCAGUGAAGAGAACCUGGCUUGCUGUCUGCUUGAAUUGUUUAUUGCUGGAAUAGAAACAACCUAUGUCAGCCUGAUGUGGGCAGUGCUCCUCUUGGCAAACCAUCCCGACAUCCAAGAAAAAGUCCACAAGGAGAUUGAAGAUGUCUUUGGUUCCUCAGGAUCAAUCUCCUAUGAAGAUCGGCACAAGCUGCCCUACACCAAUGCAGUGAUACAUGAAACCCAACGAGCAAAAUAUAUUUUAUUUAUAACAAUUCCCAGACAAAGCAUAAGAGAUGUGACAAUGCGAGGUUUCCACAUUCCAAAGGGGAGCAUUAUUAUGGCUGAUUUACGCUCUGUUCUUCUGGAUCCUGAGGAAUGGGAGACACCUGAAGAAUUCAACCCAAAUCACUUUUUAAACAAAGAUGGGAAAUUUCAGGCUAGAGAAGCAUUUAUGCCAUUUGGAGCAGGGCAGCGUGUCUGCUUAGGAGAAAAGUUGUCAAGAAUUGAGUUGUUCAUCAUCCUAACCAGCCUGCUGGGGACUUUCAGUUUCCAGCUGCCCGAAGGAGUGAAAAAGCUCAAUGAGAAACCUAUAGUACGUGUGGGACUAUCUCCACAUCCUUAUAAAAUCUGUGCUGUACCAUAUCAUACAAUGUCAUAA